AUGAUGAUGUCGUCACAAGAGAAUGCAGAGCAAUAUGAAAGUCUAGGUUUAAAGGAUCUUAAUCGAUUAAAUAAUGAUUUAUUAUUAAGAGUUGUACAGAAAUGUUCACCUAAUCAACUGAUGAGUGUAGAAAAUAGAUUGGCAUCGACAGGUAGAAGAUUAGAUACUAAUGAGUUGUGGCAUAAACAUGUUAUACAAACAUUCCCAAACUCUGAAUCGAUGAAUAUAUUUGGUGACUCUUGGAAACAAUUGUAUGCAGAUCUUGAAAAGAAGAAUCAAGAACGUCAAUUAAAGGUUGGCAUGAGACUACGUGAGAAAUAUGAUAAUAGUAAUAUUGAAAAGAAAUCAAAACAGAUAAAGGUUAUUGAUCCAAGAGCAAGACCUGUUCCUAGAAAGUUUACAUCCUCACCAACUACUUCAAGGACCUAUACCAGUUCCUCUUCAUCUUCGUCAUCUCCAAGAUCUUCUUCUUCUUCUUCUUCUUCAUAUUCUUCUUCUAGUACUUCAUCAUCGUCAAACUCAAAUGCUGGUAUAAAGGCACGUCUUAAUGAUGCCAAACCAUCUGGUAGAUUAAUGGCAAAAGUUUUAAAGGAACAUAAAAAGAGUGGACCAAAACCACAAGGCAACGUUAAAGUUACAUUAUUUAAACAAUAA